UGACUAGGAACAACUGAUUAGGUUUAAGAUUUUUAAGACAAUAGAUUUCUUAAAAUACAAUUCAUAUAUUAAUGAAAACUUGGUUUGCAUUCCUAUCUUUUCAUAUAUUCACAUUAUAUAUAAUGCUUUUCUCUGGCUUAUUAAAUAGAGUUAUUAUAUAGUGAUACCACAUUUUGUUUGUUUGGAUUAAUGAGAUGUUCUGGCAAUCAUGUAAACCCAUUGAAGUGUGUGUGUGUGUGUGUGUGUGUGUGUGUGAGAGAGAGAGAGAGAGAGAGAGAGAGAGAGAGAGAGAGAGAGAGAGAGAGAGAGAGAGAGAGAGAGAGAGAGUUUUCAGAGCAGUAAAUCAUCCGUCAGCGUCCGGUUCACUCGAAAUGUACAUCAGAUCUGUGGAGAUAACAUCAUCAUGCUGGGAGUUUGCUGAAAGUCGGAAGGAAACUCCAUUACGUGGAUAUGAAUUUUAAAACCCAUCAUGUGACACUUUGGACUGCUCAAUGGAGAUGACUACGAUACUCACCGCGACAAACAGCCAAGGAAAAAGAAUUCUUCAGGAACGUUCCGAACCCAACGUCACAAGUCUUCUGAACGCAUCUGCUCCCUUCCACCAUCACAUGAGCAAUGCAGUGCUGGGCGUUCUGCUCGGCACACUGUCCCUUCUGACCGUCAUCAUGAACCUGCUGGUGCUUUUUGCCGUUAGAAAGGAACGGACUUUACACACGGUGGGGAACCUGUACAUCGUCAGCCUCUCGAUAGCGGACCUCAUUGUCGGGGCGACAGUCAUGCCCUUGAAUCUGGUCUACCUUCUUGAGGACGAGUGGAAACUGGGUCGCGUUAUUUGCCAGUUCUGGCUGGUCAUGGACUAUGUGGCGAGCACGGCCUCCAUUUUCAGCUUGUUCAUCCUUUGCUUGGACAGGUACCGCUCCGUACGCCAUCCCUUACAUUAUUUGAAGUAUCGGACACGAGGUAGAGCGACGCUGCUGAUUUGUAGCGCGUGGCUGCUCUCCAUGACCUGGAUCGUUCCCAUCCUGGGCUGGAGGAUGUUCGCUCAGGUCGACAGGAAGCCAGAGAUGGAGAACCAGUGCGACACGGACUUCCGCUUCGUGACCUGGUUCAAAGUUCUGACCGCCAUCCUCAACUUCUACAUUCCCUCCUUCCUCAUGCUUCUGUUCUACUCGCAGAUUUUCAUCGCAGUCCGCGAUCAUUACAGAGAGUGGGAGAACUUUGCCGGUCCGAUGGUGAAAACAGAAACAGACGACACGUUACAGAACGGCAUGCAGCUGCAGAUAACCAAAGCCUCGGAGAGAGAGAGUCUGGCUUCACAAGCGUAUUCUCAAAACGAGGGCCUGCUGGAUCAGUACAGUUUGGAGCAGGCUUACAACUCGAGGGACAAUAACGAGGACAAUACCGAUUCCUUGACUGAGACCGAGAGGAAGAGCUGCUACAAGAAGAAACCGAUGUUCAGCCUUUCGAAGCGCAUGAGAAAGAGCGUGCAAGACUCCAACGAGAUUUCAUUUCAGAGCGACGAUGGGGAAACUGUUGCCGAAGGCCCGCUGCCAUUAUCUCUCGCCUUCCUGCAGUCCGAGAAUGACCCUCAGCCCGAAACCUUCAUAAAUGCGAAUAACUGUAACGUGUUAGUGCCAAACUCUGUUGGUAACAGUUGUGAGAAUGCACCGACUGUGGAUGUUCACUGCAAUCACAGCACUCCAGCGACCCCGCCGUCGCCCUGGGCUGAGAACAGCCCUCCGCUGGACACACACCCGGUCAAACAGACGUGGCAGAAGCUCUGUGAACAGUCCAAGCAGAGCAUCCACAGCAUGCGCAUCCGGAAGGAGCGGAAAGCCGCCAGGCAGCUCGGCUUCAUCAUUGGCGUCUUCAUGGUGUGCUGGAUCCCGUACUUCAUCACCUUCAUGGUCAUGGCUUUGUGUGAGACCUGUGUCCAUCAUGACCUUCACAUGUUCACAAUUUGGCUUGGGUACAUCAACUCCACCCUGAAUCCCUUCAUAUACCCGCUGUGCAAUGAGAACUUCAAAAGGGUGUUCAAAAAGAUAUUUCAUAUUAACAGAUAAAGUUUAGGAGAAAAACUGCACACUGUUACCCCGUCUGCUCAAUUAGUGUUUUCUGAAGCAGUUCUUGUGACAUGUUUGUACUUUGGUAGCUCUGCGCAUCUGCCAUGCUUGUGUUGUUUUUGGGCAUCUGAGAUCUUGUAAGUACAGAGCAACUGUAUUAUUUGCUGCCUGGUGUCAGUUUGACACGUCUACAAUCUGCAUCAGAUUAUUUGAUAGAUUUAUUCAGAGUGUUUUAAAACUGGCUGUAUUUUAGAAAAACCAAAUCACACCGACACCUGAAUCUUUGCUAUUGUGGGUGAUGUAAAUUCAGGACAACCUGGGUUUGGUGUGUUUAAUGCAGAACAUUUAAAAAAAAGCCCUGGCAUUGAUUAGAAGUAGCAUGUGUGGUGCAUAUAUAUUAAAUAUGAGUUUGGUCAUCAGGGAAUGCACAUUGUCUGCCGAGAGCUGGGAAAUGCCACAUACACACAGGUUGAGCUGAACAUUGCAAUCCUGGGUGUAUGAUACUCCAGUGUGUUCGGAGUGGACGCGACGUUGUAGUUUUGAAAGCAGUGGUGUAUAUUCUACAAAUUGUCUGUAUACAUAAAACCCCUGGAUGAUUAACUGUGCAGUACAUUUCACCUGAUCUUUGCUUUUCAUAUAAAAAAUAAAAUAAAAGAGGAACCGUGAUUUAAAUAAACGUAUAAUCUGUGACAUUGAUUAAACUGCGAAAUGUGAAGACAUUAAAACACAGAAUUGGAUUUCGAGCACAUUUCUACACCUAAUGACUGUGUCUGAAAGCUUAGGCUGUUGCUUAGCUGCCUGCAAAUUCAGAAUGACUGUGGACAGACUUCUGAGGCAGCAGGAAGCUUUAAUGAAUGAGCUUAAUCACGAAAAUAUUCAUUACUUGCUAGAAAUAAGAUCAGAAGUGGAAAAGGUUGGUCAAAAACACACAAAAUGACUUUCAGACACCAUCUUUCAUUAUAGGAUAUUAGUGAAGGAUUCAUCUAUGCUUCCUUCAGAAUCGGGUAAGAUGAAGCCAUCUCACAAACAUUCAGACAUGUCCUCUUAUCAGCAGUAACUGGACGCCUCUGGUGAUGAACAAUGCAACAUUGAGGUCAUGUGAAAACAAGACAAAAAAUGUUUUUUCAUACUGCCACUACAUCACAUUAAAAAAGCAAUAAACAUUAUAGAGAAGAAUGCUCGUAACCAUUU